AUGAUAAAAGCAUGGGUGAGCUCUCUUUCUAUGGGGAUGGUCUUCUUCUGUUCUCCAAUAGUCAGCAUAUUCACAAACCUGUUUGGCUGUCGAAAAGUAGCUGUUAUUGGAGCUGCAGUAGGGUUUGCUGGACUCCUUUCAAGUUCUUUUGUAAGCACCAUUGAACCUCUGUAUUUCACCUACGGGAUCUUAUUUGCCUGUGGGUGCUCGUUUGCCUACCAGCCGUCCCUGGUCAUUCUCGGGCACUACUUCAAGAGGCGGCUGGGGCUGGUGAACGGCGUCGUCACGGCAGGCAGCAGCCUGUUCACCGUGUCCCUGCCCUUCCUCCUCAGAGCUCUCAUCGACUCUGUCGGCCUCUACAACACCUUGCGGGUCCUCUGCGUCCUCAUGUUCGUUCUCUUCCUGGCUGGCUUCACCUACAAACCUCUCGUUUCCACUGCCAAAGGCCAGGAGGGAGGAAAGAAGGGAAAGUUCAGAUUUCCUCCUGAGAAAAAGAUUUGCAACUUCUCCGUUUUCAGAGUUCUCAGUUACCGAAUCUGGGCUCUUGGGAUCCCAGCUGCACUUUUUGGAUACUUUGUGCCUUAUGUUCACCUGAUGAAGCAUGUGAAAGACAGAUUUGGUGACAGUGUGCCAGAAGAAGUGCUUCUGCUGUGCCUGGGCAUUACUUCAGGAGUUGGCAGAUUGAUCUUCGGCCGAGUUGCAGAUUAUAUUCCUGGUGCAAAAAAAGUUUAUUUACAGGUGGCCUCAUUCUUCUUUAUUGGCCUGAUGUCUAUGAUGAUUCCACUGUGCCACGUCUUUGGAGGUCUCAUUGCUGUCUGUCUCUUCAUGGGCCUGUUUGAUGGGUGCUUCAUUUGCAUUAUGGCUCCUAUUGCGUUUGAGCUGGUUGGGGCUCAGGAUGUCUCUCAGGCCAUAGGAUUUCUACUGGGACUCAUGUCCAUACCUAUGACAGUUGGUCCACCCAUUGCAGGUUUGCUGCGCGAUCAGCUCGGCACCUAUGACGUAGCGUUCUACCUGGCUGGAGUCCCCCCCUUGAUUGGGGGAGCUAUUUUGUGUUUCAUCCCCUGGGUGCAUGAACGGCAUAAGUUGAAAGAGAGAGCAAAACCCGUUGAUGGAGAAACUACUGAGAAAAUGCUGGAAAAUGAAAACACUUUGGUGUCGGACACUACAGAAAAGCCAGUCAAAGAAAUGGAAUCUGGGUUUUGAUGCUUGCUUCUCCUGUGCCAGCCCGACCUCCUUCUACUGAAGCUAGAUUUGUACUUGUUGGCUGAAGAUACUAAAUGAUACUGAAGAAGUGUUGAACUAUUGCUCAGAUUGCAAAACUGCUACAAGAGUCUUUUAUACCAUUGAACUACUUUUGAUGAGUCAUUGAGUUUGCUUUCAAGCCACAUUUACAAGGUAUUAGAAGUUUUGUAGCAUUAGCGUGUACGUGCAUAAUGGUUCUAUGUGUUAAGAGAAUAUUUUUCUAGUUCAUCAAAACCUAUUUCUGGAAGCGUGAAAGCUAUUUUUGGUUCACUGACCCAGGAUUCCUCAAUUACUUUUUUAUGGCCCAUCCAAGGCAGCCAUGCCUGUGGGUUUUUAUACUAGAAAAUGUUGUAGCUCUUACGACUGAUUUGGUUUCUGAAGUUUCUCAUACUGUUCUACAGUAUUUUACGAUUCUGU